UGACGUUGAACACAGGAAGUAUACUAAUUUACAAAAACAACAAUGGAACCGAAAGCCAUCCCAGUACUUAUUAUUUAAUCGACGUCUUUUUCUUGACAAAGUAACUUAUCAUGGCUGCGACCCGCGCUCAGAAAUUGGAUUUGAAACAUGGUUUCAUGAAAAGCAUUGUUAAAAAUCAAGUGGACAGGGAUAACUAUGAUAAGGAAGUCAAAGAAUCAAAGCAGAAUAAAAAAGGAUUUUAUCUCCAUAACGCCCAAAAAUCACCUAAAAAGCCAGAUGCAGCGGUAUAUAUACCUCCUCCUAGAAAAGAAGACUGGGACAACGAAGUGCCACCAACGGAGUUGUGUAAUGGAAAAAUGUGUCAGAGAAUACAUACUCAAGAUGUUAACAUUACACAGAAUCACCUUACCAAUAGUCAUGAGAAUCCAUCUAGCAAACAAGAUGUUCACAUUACACCGAAUCACUCAACCACUAGUCACGAGAAUUCAUCUAGUCUACAAGCUGUUCAAAGUCCAUCAAAUCACUCAAACACAAGUCAUAAGAAGCCAUCCAGCCAACAACUGCAUAAUACAUCACCAUUGCAACAGCCUACCAAAACUACAGUGCAAUCUCACAGGCAAGGAACAAAUGUCUCGCAAGCAAUUGCCCAGCAACAAACCCAGAGCCAGUAUUCAGAUGAUGAUGAUGAACCAAAGCUGUUGUUUAUUUUUGAAUUUGAAGAUAAAGAUGGCAAACGUUAUAAACAAUAUGUUAUAGAGGGUGUCAGCGCUGCGGUAGUUUCCCAGAGGAUGGGAUAUGAUCGAAGACUGCCUGCAAACAUGAUAAGAGCUUUAGAAAGAUGGCUUCAGGAUGAAAUUGACAAACGGACUAAACCGAAAUCCUAGGCAUCUUCAUUUAAGAUUUACAGUUCCUUUAAUGAAAUAGCUGUUAACUGAAAUUUUAUCAAAGCUUUAAAACAAGGUCUUCAGCAGUUAUUUGACAAACAGAUGACUUCUAAAGGUUUUGGUCCACAUGUUAGAUUGGCAUUUACUUUAGUGAAAAAGCUGUAACUAUAUAUAUGAUCAAAGCUUUAAAAAGGAGACUUUCGGAAGAAAUCUACACAUUUACACAAGUUGUAUACUUUUACGGAUGAGUUUAUUAUAAGUUUGUAUGUUUUGCUUUCCUGUGGUUUAUAUGGAAAUGUCAGUGAUUUAAAACUCUUUAUUCGCUGUUUAAAGCAUUGAAAAAUAACCAAAGUUUAUCUAAAACUUCACUUUGAAAUAAAGUCAUUAUUUUGACAUCAUUUGAUGAUUCAAGUGAAAUUAUCAAGUUUAACGUUUGAAAGCUAAACAUAUGUCUAAAAGCUAACUUAAAAUGAAAACAAACAUGUUCGGUAUAGUAGAUCUUCAAUUUUUAUCCUCAUGUAACCAGGUACCUCUAAUGAAAUUUAUUAUUAUAUUUUAUAAUAUAGAUUAAUAAUAUAAUGUAUAAUGAUAUACUGAUAUACUGAUAGUUGUUGCAUGUGUUUGAUUUGUUUUUAACUCACCUGAGCACAAAGUGCAUAUGGUGAGCUAUUGUUGUCACAAGAUGUCUGUCAUCAUGUGCUGUGUGUCUUCAACUUUUCGUUCUGCCCCUAAUUGCACUAGAGGCCACUUAUUUUAUCCAAUCUUGAUGCAACUGAGUCAGAAUGUUUAUCUUGUAAAUAUCUGGGCCAAGUUUGAACUUGGUAUGCUUGGAUUUUUUUUAGGUAAAAUCAAAGAAAAACCUUGUUUUCACUCUAUGGCUAACAUUUAUGACUCAACCUUGAUGAUACUUGGCUAGAUUGUUUAUUUUGACAAUGUUUGAUAGGCCUAGUUUGAUAAUGAGUCAUUUACCUCAAAAAGCUAGGUCACAGGGUCAACUAUUGGACAAAGCACUAUAGAGACCAAAUUUAUGACUCAAUCUUGAUGGAACAUGUCCUUAAACUAGGUCACAAGAUCAAAUCUUGAAAAAACCUUGUUAUCACUGUAGAGGAAACAUGAAAGACUCAUUCUUGAUGAAAGUUGGUCAGAUUGUUUAUCUUGAUAAUAUGUAGAGGGAUUUUGAAUUUGGGUCACAUGUUACUAUAUAAAGGGCACAUUUUAGGUUUAAAUUGCAAUAAAAAGUGGUUAGAAAGUUUAUCUUCUCAAUAUCUAAGCCCAGAAUGAUUAGUUUAGUUUAAACCUAUUUAUUUUAGCUCGAUUGCAUCGAAAGCCUUAGGCUUAAAUAAACGCUCUCGAGUCCGUUUCCUGGGCCUAGAACCAGUACUUGGUGUCUUUGGGGGAGAUCUAAAGAACGCUCCCACGGUGGGGAUCGAACCCGUGACCUCCCGGUCGCUAGGCGGACACCAUAUCCAUUACACCACGGCGACCUAUAUGGCGACCAGUAUGAUUCUGGGUCACUGGCUUUCAAAAACUAGGUCACCAGGUUAAAUCUUAAGUAACCUCGUUUUUGCUCUAGUAGUAAAUACAUUUUAUCUGGGUCUCGUGUGAUCAAAAACUAGGUCACCAGCUCAAUAUUUGAAAAUUGGUUCACCUCUUCCUCAGGUUAGCACUUCAUUGCUAUUGUGGCCUUAUUGAUUUUGUCCCUUUUUAUUAUGCCCCCGGAUCGAAUGAUCGGGAGUAUAUUGUUUUUGGCCUGUCUGUCUGUCUGUCUGUCAUUCUGUCUCCAAACUUAAACCUUGGUUAAACUGUCGCAAUAAUGAAUAACUUUUGCAAUAUGCAUGUGUAUCUCAUGGAGCUGCACAUUUUGAGUGGUCAAAGGUCAGGGUCAAGGUCAUCCUUCAAGGUCAGGGGUUAAAUAUAUGGCUUCAAAGCGUCGUCAAAACUUUAACCUUUGUCAUGACUUUUGCAAUAUUGAAGAUAGCAACUUGAUAUUUGGCAUGCAUGUGUAUCUCAUGGAGCUGCACAAUCUUAGUGGUGAAAGGUCAGAGUCAUUCUUCAAGGUCAAAGGUAAAAUAUAUGGCUUCAAAGCAGCGCAAAAGGGGGUAUUGUGUUUCUGACAAACACAUCUCUUGUUAGGAAUUGCAUGUACAAGCACUAUUUUGACAAGCUCUAUACCAUUUGUUGCUGCUUAGAUAUUUGUAUAUACUGCUAUUAUUGUGUUAAUAUAAUUACAUUUGAAAUGUUCAGUAUGAUAAGUAGCUUUCAUGAUGAGGAUUAAGCACCUAUUAUUUAACCAAGCAGUGCUUUUGUAAAUGCAUCAACCUUUGUUAAUAUGCAUGGAUCAUUAGUUCAUUGUUGCUUGUAGUGUUGUGAAAUUAAUUUAUUGAACAAUGUGUUGUUAUUCCCCAUUUAUAAAUAUUCAAUAAAGUUUGAGUAUAAAUUGAAAAGUAAAUGUGCAUUUGUAAAUAUACACUAAAAUUUAUGUUUUAAUUGAGCAGUAAUUGUCUAUUUGUAAAUACAUUUAUACACAAGAGUUUAUGUAUUAAUUGAACAGUAAUUUUACCUCUUUUCAUAUGACCAUCAGUCAUAAGAAACCAGUUUUCCAUUUUAUUGGAAGUGUUGCUUUUACAUAUUUAAGCUUGUUGUAAUGAUUUAUAUCACUGUUUCCUUGUACUAGCAUUAUUAAAAAAAUUACAAAUGCAAACGAAUAACUCUGUAGUUGUCAUGUCAUGGUAGUACGAGAAUAUAGUCAUGUUUUAUACUUUGUUGCUGUGGUUACCCUUUAUACAAAUUUUGUAUCAAUGAUCUGCACAUCUUAAGCAUUACUUGUAACCUUUUGUGUUCACCUUAAUGUCAAUAGGUUGUCUGAUAAGAAUAUAGUUUAUGUUUAAAAGUUUGUUGCUUUUUCAUGAUUUUCAUCCCAUUUCAUUUAUAUUGGACAGUACAAAUGUUGUUAAUUAAAUAUAGCGUAUUUUUGCUAAUCUACAUUUGCAUGCAUAAAAAGCUUAAGUUACUGAAAAUUGCAAUUACAAUAUGGGCCGUGCUCUGUGAAAAGAGGAUAUAAUGAAUGUGCAUAAAGCAUCGUCCCAGAUUAGCCUGUGCAGUCUGCACAGGCUAAUCAGGGACACCACUUUUGGCCUAAACUGGAUUUAUGCAAAAAAGAGACUUUCUGUAAAUGAAAAAUAUCAUAAAAGCGUAGUGUCAUCCCUGAUUAGCCUGUGCAGACUGCACAGGAUAAUCUGGGAUGACACUUUACGCACAUUCACUAUAUCCUCUUUUCACAGAACACGGCCAAUAUAGUCUUGUUUUACCUAUAUAAAUGAGCCUUGCUCUGGGAUAAACAGGGUUUAGUGCACGUACAUAAAGUAUUGGUCCAGAUUAGCCUGUGCAAUCCACACUGGGUAAUCAUGGAUGACACUUUCUGUUUUUAUGGAAUCUUUUGUUUAAAGGAAGCCUUUUGUCAGCGAAAAAUCUAGUGGAGGCGGAGGUGUUGUCCCUGAUGAGCCUGUGCAGACUGCACUAGCUUAUGUAAAGUGAUACUUAAAGCACUUGCAUUUACCCAGUUUACCAAGAGUGAGACUCAAAUAAAUUUGUGAAGCAGACAAAUAUGUUUUUAGUAUUUAUUAUUAUAUGCAUUAACAUGGUUCAUAGUGAAAAUUUACUAACAUUUGUAUAUCUUAAGUUUUUUUUAUUGUUUAGAUUAACACAUUGAAAAUUUGACUACCAAUACCUCUCAACUAACCGCUUUAGAGGCCACAUUUAUGACUCAAUGUUGAUGAAACUAGGUCAGAAUGUUUUUCUCCACGGAAUCUUGUCAGAGUUGAAUCUGUGAAUGUAACAAUGUCAAUUCAUGUAAAAUCUUGACAGUGUUAUCACCUUGAGGCUACAUGUAUGACUCCUUCUUGAUGAAACUUUGGUCAGAAUGUUUAUCUUUCAAUAUCUAGGCCAAGUGUGAAUCUGAUACAACAACAAGGUCACAUGGUCAAAUCUUAGAAUAACCUUGAUAGCAAUCUAGUAGCCACAUUUAUGACACAAUCUUAAAGAAACUUUAUCAGAAAAUUAAUCUUGACAAUAUCAAGGACAUGUUUGAAUCUGGGCCAUGUGGGGUCAAAGACUAUGUCACAUCUGGGUCAUGUGGGGUCAAAGACUAUGUCACAUCUGGGUCAUGUGGGGUCAAAGACUAUGUCACAUCUGGGUCAUGUGGGGUCAAAGACUAUGUCACAUCUGGGUCAUGUGGGGUCAAAGACUAUGCCACAUCUGGGUCAUGUGGGGUCAAAGACUAUGUCACAUCUGGGUCAUGUGGGGUCAAAGACUAUGUCACAUCUGGGUCAUGUGGGGGUCAAAGACUAUGUCACAUCUGGGUCAUAUGGGGUCAAAGACUAUGUCACAUCUGGGUCAUGUGGGGUCAAAGACUAUGUCACAUCUGGGUCAUGUGGGGUCAAAGAUUAUGUCACAUCUGGGUCAUGUGGGGUCAAAGACUAUGUCACCAGGUUAAGUCUUUGAUAACUGGUUUACCUUGAACUCUGAUGAGCACUUCAGGGCCAUUAGGUCCAUCUUGUUUUACUUUUAUAUUGAACAAUAUUUAUAAAGUUUAUAUUUCCUUUGUUUGUUUAUGGAUGAUGUACUUUUAAUAGUUUUGUACCUAUUGAAGCUUAUGUACGGAAAUAUUGAACAGCAAUUUCUACAAUGAAAGUAUUACAAAAAAGCAA